GAACUGUGAAUUUUGGAAAAUGAGAAAGCGAAGAAGACAGAGCGAUGAAGAAGCUCCUUGCAGAAAGAAGAGACAGAGUGAAAAUGUACUGGAAACUGAAAAUGAAGGUCUGAGCUGUGGUUAUACAUGGCAUCCGCUGAUGAAUCAGCAGGCGGUUGGGUAUUUAAAAAACGAAGGAAACUUUAGCCCACCUGAAGUGAAUGUUACAGAAGCUUCCUAUGCAGAAGUGGAACUGCCAGCUGAAGACAGGAGUAAUUUGACUUGUACGUUGCCAAAGUGUGAAGACAGAGCUGUCUUGGAAGAUGAUGACAGUAAGAUGGACAGCAGAAUGUCAGACCAGCCUGUCUUGAUUAUGUCUGAUGUACUUAAACUAGGAUUGUCACAGAAGACUAACUUAGAAAUAUUGUCCGAGAAAGUGGUAGAGUCAAUGACUCGACCUUGUAUGGAGCUGGUUCUUUGGAAGCCAUUGCAGACGCAUUUUACAGAAGAAUUGAAAUAUGUGAAGCUAAAACAGAAGACUGAAGAGGAGAGCAUUCAUGCAAAGCCGUCUGUAGCCACUGAAGACUUUUCAUCCAGUAUUCCUUGUACUUUGCAAAAUUCGGUUGAAUGCACAGAUGAGGAAAUGGAACUGGACUUAUAAGAUGCAGUGAUAGCACCAGCUGAGCUUCAAUGCAAAUAUUAGUUGACAAUGGUCGUCACAGCAAAAUUUAUGACCAAGUUCAUAGUAGCAGACAUUUUUUGUCGUUCUUCAAGAUCUCUUAGAGGCCUGUAAUUUUAGACUUGCUUUUUACCUGUGUCAUUAAUGGUCCACUGUAGUUUGCCAGAGGGCCAAACUGAAUCAUUCAGUAAUCAAAAAGUGCCCAAUUUGGGGUGUGGGAGUUGUAGUAGUAUGAGGGCUAGGUUGCAUUUAAUGUGGAGUGGGGACUUUGACUGUCUGAAAGAUUUAGCAAAGUAAAUGUAGAGAAUUCUGGUUGUAAUUUUUAAGUAGUGCUGACAACCUUCAGUACAGAGUAACCUUCAUGUUUGUACACCCUAUUCACUAGUUGGCAUUGCCAUACAUUACAUUCACUUGUCACUGUUUUGAAAAUAUUUGUCACUUGCCUCUUUCCCCACUGCAAGUAGGUCACCCAUUUCAUCAGUAUAAGAAAAAUAUUGUAUUAUUAACAUAUAAUAGCUUUGAGGUAGUCAGUAAAUGUGUAUGUGGCACACAUACUUAGGGCUAAACUCUCUACACAUUUUUAGCUCAUGAUACUGAGAUGUGCAGACUUUGUCAUUUUUAGUGAAACAGCUAUAAUGAGUGGGCUUGCAAGUUUUUGAAUAUUGUUUGAAGAAAAAGAAGGCCAAAACUGCCUGAUCCCUCCUUAAAGAUGAAGCAAAAUAAGCAACAUUUGCCUGUGAUUCCUUCAAACUUUACACACACACACCCCCCCCUUUACU